GCAGCGGCCGGCCCUGGGCGAGUGCCUGGCCCGCCUGGCUGCUGCCAUGGGGCAGCGGCCGGCCCUGGGCGAGUGCCUGGCCCGCCUGGCCGCCGCCAUGCCCGUGGCCUUCCUGGAGCCGCAGCUGAACCACCUGAACCCCAGCUCCGUGUACAGCACCAAGAGCGCCCGCGAGCGCGCCCUGCUGGGUCUCCCCUCGCGGGUGGAGGAGCUGUGCCCGGACCUGCCGGACCUGGAGCGGCUCAUGGGGGACAUCGGUGGCCUGGCGGACUCGGGGGCGCGCUACACGGAGAUGCCACACGUGAUCGAGGUGACGCUGCCCAUGCUGUGCCACUACCUGCCCCGCUGGUGGGAGCGCGGCCCCGACGCCGCCCCCCAGGGCCCCUGGGCCACCGACGUCACCGGCCACCACCUCAACGCCCUCCUGGGCCACAUCCUGCACAUCGUGGUCAACAACCUGGGCAUCGACGAGGCCUCCUGGAUGAAGAGGCUGGCGGUGUUCGCCCAGCCCAUCGUGAGCAAGGCGCGGCCGGAGCUGCUGCGCUCGCACUUCAUCCCCACGCUGGGGCGGCUGCGGAAGCGCGCGGGGAAGGUGGUGGCCGAGGAGGAGCAGCUGCGGCUCGAGGGCAAGGCCGAGGGCGAGGACGCGGAGCUGCUGAUCCGCGACGAGUUCUCGGUGCUCUGCCGCGACCUCUACGCGCUCUACCCGCUGCUCAUCCGCUACGUGGACAACAGCCGGGCCAAGUGGCUGACGGAGCCCAACGAGGACGCGGAGGAGCUGUUCCGCAUGGUGGGCGAGGUCUUCAUCUACUGGUCCAAGUCUCACAACUUCAAGCGUGAGGAGCAGAACUUCGUGGUGCAGAACGAGAUCAACAACAUGUCCUUCCUGACGGCCGACAGCAAGAGCAAGAUGGCCAAGUCUGGAGAUGGACAGGGCGGUGGCUCGGAGCAGGAGCGCUCCAAGAAGCGGCGCCGCGGGGACAGGUACUCGGUGCACACCUCGCUCAUCGUGGCCACGCUCAAGAAGAUGUUGCCCAUCGGCCUCAACAUGUGCUCGCCCGCCGACCAGGAGCUGAUCGCGCUGGCCAAGGGCCGCUACGCCCUGAAGGACACGGACGAGGAGGUUCGGGAGUUCCUGCACAACAACCUGCACCUGCAGGACAAGGUGGAGAACACGGGCUCGGCGCGCUGGCAGAUGGCCCUGGUGCGCCAGGCGGGCCGGGACGAGGACCCCGACAGCCCCGAGCAGGUCGUGCGCAGGGUGCAGGAGGUGUCGGCCGUGCUCUACCACCUGGAGCAGACGGAGCACCCCUACAAGUCCAAGAAGGCCGUGUGGCACAAGCUCCUGUCCAAGCAGCGCCGCCGCGCCGUCGUCGCCUGCUUCCGCAUGACCCCCCUGUACAACCUGCCCAGGCACCGGGCCUGUAACAUGUUCCUGGAGUCCUACCGGCUCUCGUGGCUGGCCCGGGAGCAGCCGCCCUUCGAGGACCGCAUGAUCGACGACCUCUCGAAGUCGGGGCGGGAGGAGGAGGAGGAGGAGGAAGAGGCGGAGGCGCGGCCGGACCCGCUGCACCAGCUGAUCCUGCACUUCAGCCGCACUGCCCUGACCGAGCAGAGCCACCUGGAGCAGGAUCACCUGUACAUGGCCUACGCCGGGAUCAUGGCCAAGAGCUGCCACACAGAGGAAGGGGAAGAGGAAGAGAAGGAGGAAGAGGAGAAGGAAGAGGAAGAGGCCGAGGAUUCGUUUGAGGAGAAGGAGAUGGAGAAGCAGAAGCUGCUGUCGCAGCAGGCCCGGCUGCACACGCGGGGGGCGGCCGAGAUGGUGCUGCAGAUGAUCAGCGCCUGCAAGGGUGAGCGGGGGGCCAUGGUCUCCUCCACCCUCAAGUUGGGCAUCUCCAUCCUCAACGGGGGCAACGCGGACGUGCAGCAGAAGAUGCUCGAGUACCUCAAGUCCAAGCGCGAGGUCGGAUUCUUCCAGAGCGUGCAGGCGCUGAUGCAAACCUGCAGCGUCCUGGACCUGAACGCCUUCGAGCGGCAGAACAAGGCCGAGGGGCUGGGCAUGGUCACCGAGGAGGGCACGAUCAUCAGCCGGGAGAACGGGGAGAAGGUGAUGUCGGACGAUGAAUUCACCCAGGACCUGUUCCGGCUGCUGCAGCUGCUCUGCGAGGGCCACAACAACGACUUCCAGAACUACCUGCGGACGCAGACGGGGAACACGACCACCAUCAACAUCAUCAUCUGCACCGUGGACUACCUGCUGCGCCUGCAGGAGUCCAUCAGUGACUUCUACUGGUACUACUCGGGCAAGGACGUCAUCGACGAGCAGGGCAAGAGGAACUUCUCCAAGGCCAUGGCCGUGGCCAAGCAGGUGUUCAACAGCCUCACCGAGUACAUCCAGGGCCCCUGUACUGGGAACCAGCAGAGCCUGGCCCACAGCCGCCUCUGGGACGCCGUCGUCGGCUUCCUGCACGUCUUUGCACACAUGAUGAAGAAGCUGGCUCAGGACUCGUCCCAGCUCGGGCUGCUGAAGGAGCUGCUGGACCUGCAGAAGGACAUGGUGGUGAUGCUGCUGUCCCUGCUCGAAGGGAACGUGGUGAACGGCACCAUCGCCCGGCAGAUGGUGGACAUGCUGGUGGAGUCCUCCAGCAACGUCACCAUGAUCCUCAAGUUCUUUGACAUGUUCCUGAAGCUGCGCGACAUCGUCUCGUCCGACGCCUUCCGCCACUUCGUCACCGACCCGCGCGGGCUCAUCUCCAAGAAGGACUUCCAGAAGGCCAUGGACAGCCAGAAGCAGUACGAGCCCGACGAGAUCCAGUUCCUGCUCUCCUGCUCCGAGGCCGACGAGAACGAGAUGAUCGACGUGGAGAGCUUCGCCCAGCGCUUCCAGGAGCCGGCGCGCGACAUCGGCUUCAACGUGGCCGUGCUGCUGACCAACCUGUCGGAGCACGUGCCGCACGACCAGCGCCUCAAGACCUUCCUGGAGCAGGCCGAGAGCAUCCUGGACUAUUUCCGGCCCUUCCUGGGCCGCAUCGAGAUCAUGGGGGCGGCGCGGCGCAUCGAGCGCAUCUACUUCGAGAUCAGCGGCGCCAACAAGGCACAGUGGGAGAUGCCGCAGGUCAAGGAGUCCAAGCGCCAGUUCAUCUUCGACGUGGUCAACGAGGGCGGCGAGGCCGAGAAGAUGGAGCUCUUCGUCAACUUCUGCGAGGACACCAUCUUCGAGAUGCAGAUCGCCUCGCGCAUCUCCGAGGAGGAGGCGCCGCGCGACGAGGAGGAGGAGGACGACGAGGACAGGGAGGACGAGGAGCCGGCCGAGGCUCCGGCGCCGGCGCUGCCGGGCUUCGGGGCGCUGCGGCGGCUGCUGGGCUCGCCGCAGGCGUGGCGCCGCAGGAUCAGGAGGCUGCGCAAGAAGUCGGGGCGCGAGCUGGCGUGGGAGGCGGGCGUGGGCGCGGGGCGCGUGGCGCUGGGGGGCGUGCUGGGGGGGCUGGGGGUGCUGGGGGCCGUGGGGCGCCUGGCCUGGAGCUCGCUCUUCGGCGGGGGGCUGGUGGAGGGGGCGCAGCGCCUGGGGGUCAUCGAGGUGCUGGGCUCCAUGCCCGACCCCACCCAGGACGCCGUGGGCGGGGGCGAGGCCGGGGCGGGCGACGAGGGGGGACCCCCGGAGCCGGAGCAGCCCCCCGAGGCGCAGCUGGAGGCGCCCCCGGCCGAGGAGGAGGAGGAGGAGCGGCGGGAGGUGAAGGCCGUGCCGGCGGGGCCGGGGGCGCGCAAGGACCCCCAUUUCAGGCUGGCGGCCCCCGACGCCCCCGGGGGGCUCGGGGACAUCGGGGAGCCCCCCGGGGCUGAGCCCCCCACCCCCGAGGGGACCCCCAUCCUGCGCAGGAAGAUCGGGGAGAUGGCGGAGCAGGUGGGGGAGGGGCAGAAGGAAGAGGAGCCCCCGGCCGAGACCGAGAAAGCCGACACAGAGAACGGCGAGAAGGGCGGGGGUCCCGAGGGGCCCGAGGAGGGGCCGGAGCCCCGCGCCCCCCCGAAGCGGCGCAAGUCGGUGCCCCGGGAGCGCCGGGAGCCCCCGGCCGAGGGCGGCUUCGACUUCUGGGGCGAGCUGGAGGUGCAGAGGGUCAAGUUCCUGAAUUACCUGUCGCGGAACUUCUACAACCUGCGGUUCCUGGCACUGUUCCUGGCCUUCGCCAUCAACUUCAUCCUCCUCUUCUACAAGGUGUCCGAGCACCCCCCGGGCGCCCCGGAGGAGCCCGAGGGCUCGGGGGCGGCCCCCGAGGAGGACGGGGGCGUCCCGGGGGGCGCGGAGGCGGCGGGGGGGGUCCCGGAGGAGCCCGAGGUUUAUUAUUUCCUGGAGGAGAGCACGGGCUACAUGGGCCCGGCCCUGCGGGGGCUGGCGCUGGCCCACACGCUGGUGGCCUUCCUGUGCAUCAUCGGCUACAACUGCCUCAAGAUCCCCCUGGUGAUCUUCAAGCGGGAGAAGGAGGUGGCGCGGCGCCUCGAGUUCUCGGGGCUCUACAUCACCGAGCAGCCCCCGGACGACGACGUCAAGGGACAGUGGGACCGCCUGGUGCUCAACGCCCAAUCCUUCCCCAGCAAUUACUGGGACAAGUUCAUCAAGAGGAAGGUGAUGGAGAAGUACGGGGACAUCUACGGGCGGGAGAGGAUCGCCGAGCUGCUGGGCAUGGACCUGGCCAGCCUGGAAAUGGGGGCCCAGGGCGAGCGCAGGGCCCCCCCCGACAGCUCCCUGCUCACCUGGAUCACAUCCAUCGACAUCCGCUACCAGAUCUGGAAAUUCGGGGUGAUUUUCACCGAUAACUCCUUCCUGUACCUCACCUGGUACAUGGCCAUGUCCCUGCUGGGCCACUACAACAACUUCUUCUUCGCCUCGCACCUGCUGGACAUCGCCAUGGGCGUCAAGACGCUGCGCACCAUCCUCUCCUCCGUCACCCACAACGGCAAGCAGCUGGUGAUGACGGUGGGGCUGCUGGCCGUGGUGGUCUACCUGUACACCGUGGUGGCCUUCAACUUCUUCCGCAAGUUCUACAACAAGAGCGAGGACGAGGACGAGCCCGACAUGAAGUGCGACGACAUGAUGACGUGUUACCUGUUCCACAUGUACGUGGGGGUCCGGGCCGGGGGCGGCAUCGGCGACGAGAUCGAGGACCCUGCGGGGGACGAUUACGAGCUGUACCGCGUGGUCUUCGACAUCACCUUCUUCUUCUUCGUCAUCGUCAUCCUCCUGGCCAUCAUCCAGGGUCUGAUCAUCGACGCCUUCGGGGAGCUGCGGGACCAGCAGGAGCAGGUGAAGGAGGACAUGGAGACGAAAUGUUUCAUCUGUGGCAUCGGGAGCGAUUAUUUCGACACGACGCCGCACGGCUUCGAGACCCACACGCUGGAGGAGCACAACCUGGCCAACUACAUGUUUUUCCUGAUGUAUUUGAUCAACAAGGACGAGACGGAGCACACGGGGCAGGAAUCUUACGUGUGGAAGAUGUACCAGGAGCGCUGCUGGGAUUUCUUCCCGGCCGGGGACUGCUUCCGCAAGCAGUACGAGGAUCAGCUGGGAUGACCCCAAAAUCCCCCUCCCCAAAAUCCCCCUUCCCCAAAAAUCCCCUUCCCCAAAAAUCCCCUUCAAGUGCCUUUGACCCACCUCCCCCCCCCCCAAUAAACGCUGCUGAGGGUCACUGGCUCGUCACAGA